AUGCCGGGCAAUUCCUGUGUGAUGAGUUUCUCUGCUCUCCCAGCCCCAAUGGGAAGCUCUACCCCUUUUUUUGUUUUGUGUGCGGAAUCGCGUGUUGACGAGGCUGAAAGAACCAUGUUUUUUCUAUUCACGCCACCCAUUGAGCAGAAGCAGAAGCAGAAGAAGAAGAAGAAGAAGAUGGAGACGGAGACGAAGACGAAGACGGAGAAGAAGAGGACGACUUGGUAUAAGGGCAAUGCUUCCCACUCGCUUGUGGUACACUGGCCAUGA